AUAUUGAGAAACGAAGUAAAGGAUAAGAUGUACAACUAGCUAACAUUUGCCUCUUACAAAAAUAAAAACCAUGGCUGAAACUCAACAAGAAAUAGUUUUCAAGUCAGUACUAGAACUAGCAAAUAAUAAUCAAGUUCCAGAAAAGUAUAUUUAUGCACAAGGAUCAAUCAAUACCUCUCCUCCCCUGCUGGCUGUGCCACAAGUUGAUCUUAGCCUUCUCACAUCCCCUAACAGACAACAAGAGCUCAACAAACUUCUAUCAGGUCUCAAGUCUUGUGGCUGCAUCCAUGUCAUAAAUCAUGGAAUAGAAGAUUCAUUUCUUGACAAAGUGCGCGAAAUUAGCAAACAGUUUUUUGCUCUUCCAACUGAAGAGAAGCUUAAAUAUGCCAGAACAGUUAAUCAAACAGAAGGAUAUGGAAAUGAUAAAGUUCUUACAGAUAAUCAAAGGCUGGAUUGGUCCGAUAGAUUGUAUCUAAAUGUGUUCCCUGAAGAUAUAAGAAAACUCCAAUUCUGGCCCCAAAAACCUGAAUGUUUUAGGGAAGUUUUUGAAAAAUAUAUCAAGGAUAUGAAGUUGUUGAGUGAGUCCCUCCUAAAGGCCAUGGCAGCGUCAUUGAACGUAGAGGAGAACUGCUUUCUGGACCAGUGUGGAGAACGCGGAAACAUGAUUGCAAGAUUCAACUUCUAUCCUCCGUGUCCAAGGCCUGAUGUUGUACUCGGAGUCAAACAACAUGCUGAUUCAUCGGCUAUUACCAUCCUGUUGCAAGACAAAGAAGUUGAAGGGCUUCAAGUUCUCAAAGAUGAUCAGUGGUUCAGAGUGCCUGUUGUCCCGUAUGGUUUACUCAUUAAUGUUGGAGAUCAAGUUGAGAUAAUGAGCAAUGGCAUCUUUAAGAGCCCCGUGCACAGGGUGUUGACGAAUGCAGAACGAGAAAGAAACACCCUUGCUAUUUUCAUUAUGCCAGAUGUAGAUGUUGGGAUUGGACCAGUAGAGAAGCUUAUCAAUGAGGAAAGGCCGAGAGCGUACAAGGACAUUAACAACUAUGUUGCACUCUUCUUCCAAAGCUAUCAGCAGGGGAAAAGACCAAUAGAAGCAGCAAAGAUAAGCCAAGAACUUCAUUAGCUGCCAACAAAAAGCUCCAUUUCUUGCUUUUCUAUCCAACCCAUGUUGACGUCGUAUGUUGGUUCCUUCUUCCUCUAUUUGUAUUUUUACUAGUUGUGGUUGCUUGUGAUGUGUACGAGCCCAACACUAAGAUCUGGACAUGCUCUAAGAAAUGCAAGCUCUUGAAUAUGAGCAAGACAACGGUUUGAUC